GUUACUGCGUGAAGCUCGUCUGCAUUCACCCCAUCCGGUACCAUGGCCAAAUCCGCAGGGGGCAACAGCUUGGGAGAAUGCUGCCCAUGCAGAAAGUGUUUCCUGGCAUUAUUUCUCAUAUCCACGUCGAGAACUGCGACCACUCCGAUCCUACCCACCUGCUUACGCCCGAUGUCCCACCACUGCCACAACGAGACAGCGGCUGGGCCACGGUGUGUGCUGGGAAUCCCACCAACGAGAUAAGGGGCUGUGAUAAGUACGGCUGCGGAUACUACGGAGCUCCGAGGCGCAAUGGCAAAGGGAAGCACAGGGCAGUGGAUGUGAUCUGUGCUGACGGGGCCACCGUGUACGCUCCCUUCUCCGGGCAGCUCUCCGGGCCUGUCAAAUUCUUCCACAACGGAAACGCCAUCGAUGACGGAGUCCAAAUCCAAGGCUCAGGGUUCUGUGUAAAACUACUCUGCAUCCAUCCCAUAAGAUACAACGGUGCAAUUUCCAAGGGACAAGUCCUUGGGAAAAUGCUGCCAAUGCAAAGAGUAUUUCCUGGCAUCACCUCUCACAUCCACAUUGAGAACUGCGAUCACUCGGAUCCUACAAGCAAUCUCGAAAGGGGGAAAGGGCGAAGAGAGUGAAAUGGAAAUGCAGCAAAUUCUAAAUAAA